UGAUAUUUGCCCAGGCUCAAAAUAUCUCCCACUCCAGAUUUGAAAGUAGUGGAAAAGUUAGACAAUUCUCUCUUGGGAAGAGACUGAUUGUAGCUUAUUCAGAAGUCCACAUUAUUUCAGAUCUCUAAGAUACAUAUUUCCUCUCCAUUACAUAAUGAAGAUCCAGUAGUCCUAGAAUACCACCAAAGGCAGAUGGUACGUGAACAAUACACUACAACAACACCAGGCACUAGCCUAGAGAGGCCGAAGAAUGAAUAUGUCUACAAAAUCGGAAUUUAUGGCUGGAGAAAGCGUUGCCUCUACCUGUUUGUUCUCCUCCUGCUUAUCAUCCUAGUUGUGAAUUUUUCUUUGACAAUUUGGAUUCUUAAAGUGAUGUGGUUUUCCCCAACUGGAAUGGGACACCUGCGUGUUACGAAAGAAGGCCUUCGUCUGGAAGGGGAGUCUGAAUUCUUAUUCCCUCUUUAUGCCAAAGAAAUCCACUCUCGAGUGGACUCAUCACUGCUUCUCCAGUCUACUCACAACGUGACUGUUAAUGCUCGCAAUUCAAAUGGGGAAGUCACAGGCAGAUUAAAUGUGGGUCCUAAAAUGGUAGAAUUCCACGGUCAGCAAUUUCAGAUCAACUCAAAGGACGGCAAACCACUUUUUACAGUGGAUGAAAAUGAGGUUGUAAUUGGCACAGAUAAACUUCGAGUCACAGGGCCCGAAGGAGCUCUUUUUGAACAUUCUGUAGAAACACCACUUGUGAAAGCAGAAGCCUUUAAACAGCUUAGAUUUCCUGCUCCUGCUUUCAGGCUGGAAUCACCAACUCGAUCUUUGAGCAUGGAUGCACCACGAGGAAUUAAUAUCAAAGCGCAAGCUGGGAAUAUUGAAGCUCUUUCCCAGAUGGAUAUCAAACUUCACAGCAGUGAUGGUGUGCUUUUGCUGGAUGCUGAAACUGUGCGACUGCCCAAAUUGCCCGAGGGUACAAGGGGUGGAUCCGGUAUUUCUCAGGGGCUCUACGAAAUCUGUGUUUGCCCAGACGGAAAGCUCUAUUUGUCAGUGGCUGGCGUGGGCUCCACUUGCCAUGAAUACAGCCGUGUCUGCCAGUGAGGCACCAGAAAAAAAAACCUUGCUAGUUUGGUCUUUAUAUUACUGCUGAAGAGCAUUACCAAAACCAGAAUUUUAAGAGUUUUGACAACAAAGUACUUCAGUUAGGAAACAAAUCUGUAUCUGCUAUUCUGGACUACAGGGUGAAAAGGGAAGAAGAGCACAAAUGACAUUUCAGCUUCAAAAGAAUGACUUGAAUCAAAUUACAUGUUCUAUCAGUAACACUUUGAAAACAGCCUUACAGAGAGCAUAAAAGAAAGGAAUAUGUUUCCUUGCUGAACUAUUACUUAGUCAGACGAUUAUGUCACUAUUAUAUUUUUGAGCUCUGUGUUUUUUUUUCUCUCACUACAUGUAACACUUACUGCAUUAGUGGGUGAAAUUAAAUUGAGGGAAUAAUGCUAAGACAAAGCAUUAGUUGGGGAAUUCGAAAAGUGCCAGCAAAUGGUCUAUGCAAUUUUGUUCUUGCAAUAACACAGGAUUUGAAAAAUGUGGUAUUUGUAUAAGUUCUGUGUAAAAGGUUAAUUUGCAAAUAGCUUUCUGUUUUAAUUUGUCAGCAUAUACGCUGAUUUACUUAUUACUGAGAUUCAUAUAAAAAUAACCAAUACAAAAAGCUUCAGGAGUCAUUUAUGCCACCUAUGUCUCAAAUAUGUUCACUAUACAACAGAGAAAUAUGCCAAUAUAUUUUAUAAUAGCAGUAGUUUGUUUUAUUGCCCGUACUGUCAUGCUCAUUUAAACCCCAUGCUAAUUCAACAGGGCAAUUUGCUUCGCCAGCUGGACUAGUAAAAAGAAAAAAAACCCUAUAUGGCUCCAGAUUGUCUGACACAAGGAACUGUUUGGGCGGUGGGGAACAAAGUCCUUUUCUGCAGCCCACAGGAUCCAAUUAAGAGGACUGUUUCAUUUCCAUCUGCAGCUGUUGACUGAUACUUCUGAUCCUGUCAGAGCGAGAUGCUAUCACAAAUGGAGAGAGUAAAACUAAUCGGUAUUAUUUUUUACAUUUGGAUACAAAAUAAAUGCUCACCAGAGCUGACAAACCAUUUAUUGACCUUGUAGAGAAACACAACUGCAGACCUAUUCCCCUGUACAGUGUUGCACUAAACACAAAUAAAUUGUUUGCACACCUCUGGAUAGCAAGAUUUGCACUGAA